CAGAAAUCCACAAUGCACAGCACUUUCUUCCUCUGGCAUGUUGUUUUUGAGAGCAGAAAAAAAUGGUACCCGCUAUUUCUUCAAGGCUUCACCUUCUUCACUUGAUCUCCAAACUGUCAUAAUUCAUCAAUGGACAAACUGUGUCCUCUUCUUCUUCAAACUCCACUAACCCUUCACCCAAAACCAAGAACCACUUCCCCCACUUGUUCUUUCUCUCUUAAUCUCACUCAUGCCUCUCUUGACAAUAUCCCAGUCUCCAUUGACAUACCAGCCUCUUCCUCUCCUCUUCCCUCUUCAAUACAUGGGUUUUAUGAGAUUAAGACUCUGGAUUCACUGAAAGCAAAGCAUGCCCAAAUGGUCAAGGUGUCCAAAUCAGCUUCCAUGGCCAAGGAUUUGAUCACUUAUUACUUACAAUUUGGCGAUGUCAAAUCUGCUGGGGUUGUUUUCUUGGUAGGUUUAGUGAGGAAUUAUGCUGUGUGGAGUUCUUUCUUGGAGGAGCUUGAGAGUACUGGGGGUGACCCACAUGAUGUUCUCGAGGUUUUCGGUGAGUUAAAUAGUAAAGGAGUGGUGUUUGAUAGUAAAGUGAUUACAGUGAUCUUGAAAAUUUGUACAGUUGUGAUGGAUUUGUGGUUGGGAUUGGAAAUUCAUGCUAUGCUGAUGAAGAGAGGAUUUGAUAUGGAUGUCUAUUUGAAGUCUGCAUUGAUAUAUUUCUAUUGGAGGUGUCGGGGUGUGGAGUGUGCCAAUAAGGUAUUUCAUGAAAUGCCACAUCCAGAGGAUCUCUUGUGGAAUGAGACAAUCAUGUUAAACUUGAAGAGUGAGAGAUGGGUGAAGGCUUUUGAACUCUUUCGAGGAAUGCAGUUUUCAUACGCGAAACCCAACGGUGGGACAAUUGUGAAAAUGCUACAGGCUUGUGGGAAAGUGCAAGCUCUCAAAGAAGGAAAGCAGAUACAUGGGUAUGUUUUAAAAGUUGGAUUGGAAUCAAAUACAAGGGUAUGUAGUUCCUUGAUUAGCAUGUACUCUAGAAAUGACAAAAUUGAACUAUCCAGGAGAGUUUUUGAUUCAAUGAAUGAUUGUAACUUAUCUUCAUGGAACUCAAUUAUCACAAGUUAUGCUGCGCUUGGUUAUCUGAAUGAUGCUUGGAAUCUCUUCCAGCAAAUGGAAUUUUCCGAUGCAAAACCUGACAUAAUAACUUGGAAUUGCCUAUUGUCAGGCCAUGCUCUUCUUGGCUUGUACAAAGAGGUCUUGAUCCUAUUCCAUAGAAUGCAAUCUAUCGGCUUUAGUCCAAAUUCAAGCUCUAUUACCAGCGCUCUUCAAGCUGUCAUCGAAUUGGGGCUCUCAAACUAUGGGAAAGAAAUUCACGGGUAUGUGAUAAGGAAGGGGCUUGACUAUGAUGUAUAUGUUGGAACAUCUUUGGUGGACAUGUAUGUGAAGAACAAUGUUUUGGAGAAUGCCCGUUCAUAUUUUGAUUCGAUGCCGAAUAGGAACAUAUUUGCUUGGAAUUCCUUAAUAUCAGGGUAUGUGAUUAAAGGCCUUUUUGAUGAUGCUAAAGUUUUAUUGAAUCAGAUGGAAGAGAAAGGAAUUGAACCUGAUUCAGUGACAUGGAAUGUUCUUGUUUCGGGGUAUUCAGUAUGGGGCCAUACCGAGGAAGCUUUGGCUGUGAUUGAUCACAUGAAAAUUGUAGGAUGUACCCCUAGCGUGAUCUCAUGGACCGCUCUAAUAUCAGGCUGUUCACAGAGAGGAAAAUACAAGGAUUCUCUUGAGUUUUUCAUUCAAAUGCAACAGGAAGGUGUAAAGCCUAACUGUGCCACAAUAUCCAGCUUACUUCAAACUUGUGGUGGUUUAUCAUUGCUACGAAAAGGUGAGGAGAUACACUGCCUCAGCCUGAAAAGUGCUUUCCUUGAAGAUGUAUAUGUUUCCACUGCAGUUGUUGACAUGUACAUUAACUCGGGCAAUUUAGGAAGUGCCCUCAAGGUUUUCGAGCAGACUAGGAACAAGACAGUAGCCUCUUGGAACUGUAUGAUCAUGGGGUUUGCCACUUAUAAUCUCGGGAAAGAGUCCAUUUCUCUUUUUGAUGAAAUGCUUGAAACAGGUAUCUUUCCUGAUACUAUAACCUUCACUGCUGUUCUCUCUGGCUGCAAGAACUCAGGUUUAGUAGAGGAGGGAUGGAAAUACUUUGACAGUAUGAGCAGACAGUACAAUAUAAGGCCAACAAUUCAGCAUUACACUUGCAUGGUCGAUCUUCUCGGAAGAGCUGGUUAUCUUGAUGAAGCAUGGGAUUUCAUUCAAAAAAUGCCAAUAAAUCCAGAUUCUACCAUUUGGAGUUCUUUCCUUGGAUCCUGCAAAACACACCAGAAUGUGGAUUUAGGGGAGAUUGCUGCAAAGAAGCUUUUUGAAUUAGAACCAUAUGAUUCUUCCAAUUAUGUUUUGAUGAUGAACUUAUACGCCAUGUCAAACAGAUGGGAAGACAGAGAGCGUCUAAAAGAUAUUAUGGAUGUUCGAGGGGUGAAAGUCGGACAUGUGUGGAGCUGGAUAGAAAUUGGUCAGACGGUUCAUUUGUUCUCUGGAGAAGAGAAACCCCAUCAAGAUGAAGCGGAGGUAUUUUUUGAGUUAUACCAGUUGGUAUCUGAGAUGAAAAAACUCGGUUAUGUUCCUCAUAUCAAGUGUGUAUAUCAAAAUAUUGAUGACAUAGAGAAGGAGAAGUUUUUACUGAGCCACACUGAGAAACUAGCGAUUACUUAUGGACUGAUCAAGACAAAAAGUAGCGAGCCUAUCAGAGUGAUCAAGAACACAAGAAUGUGUUCUGACUGUCACACAGCAGCAAAAUACAUGUCCCUAGUGCGAAGCCGUGAGAUUUUCGUAAGGGAUGGCGCUCGGUUUCAUCAUUUCAAGGAUGGGAAGUGUUCCUGCAAUGACUACUGGUAAUGGCAUUGAGUCUUGUCUUUUUUAUUAGUAGUGUCCUCAAAAAUCUCGCGAAGAUGAGUAUAAGAAAGUCCGCAGAGGGAAGACUGCAGCAGUCAGCAGAGUGAAUUUUCGUCAGCAUUGAAAAAGAAUUUGCAAAGAUGACUAAGAAAGCAUGACCAAGAAAGUCCGGUACAUUGAGAUUUUAUAGUUAACAUACCCCAUUUGCAGGAGUUGAUAUUAUGAACAGGUUUUUGUUUCUCCGCACAGUUAUAAUUGGUCAGGGGCAUGAGUAUUUGCGGAAAAUUUGUUAACAGUUCAUCCGGGCUCACUACGUGCUUCAGACAUUUUAGAGCCUGUGUUGCCACGGCUUAGGUACUGGACAUUCAUCUAAACGGAUUUAUAUUCCUGAUCCAAAUCUGGCUCCUGAUUGUCAAUUUUUGGUUAUGUAAUUCAGGUCUCUCACAAAUUCUUCCAACUUAGCUUAAAACGAUAAAAUUUCGAACAAAAUUUGAUCUUUUGACA